UUCGUAGCCCACCCCCAGUGCCAGGCUCAGAUCGGAGAGAUGUGGUACAGUGGUGUCCCUUUCCUCAGAUACCUCAACCGUUUCGGCUAUCUCAUGUUGGCCAUCCCGAUAGGCCUCAUAUGUUGUCCCUGUCUGUCCCUGGCUUACCUCGUCUCGCCCUGGUCAAAGGUAUCCCGGAUCGUGAACACGCCCCUGAUGAAGUUCCUGUCGUACACCUGCUCCUACCUCUCCUUCCUUAUGCUCAUCGUUGUAGCCAAGCUCUACCUACGUCAUUACUUCGACAGUCUGGCCUGUGAUCACCCGGAGACCUGGGCCUACCUCAUCGUCACCGUUAUCUUCAUGUGGAUAGUUGGUCUGAUCUUCGAGGAGUGCAAGCAGAUAUUUUCGGCCGGCGCCAAAGACUACUUUGCUUCCUUCUGGAAUAUCAUGGACUCUAUCAUGUUGAGUCUAUUGCUGGCCUCCUUUGUCUUAGAGCUUGUCACACCCAUACGGUUAAACCAGGCCGAGCCGUACGACGAAGGCGGUGGGGCAACUACCCCCGGCGCCCCAGUCUUCCAGAACUACCAGCCCCCCGGCCCGGCGCCCAACAGUUCCACCAUGCUCAGCAUGCUUCUGCAGGCCUCGGGUUCCAGCACUCCCUCCCCCCUCACCCAUAUCCGCGGGAUGGUGUGUCAGCAGGCGAGGGAAGCCGCGGCCAAGUCCGAGUCCAACUUUUGUAUCCACCCCACAGGAGGGGACUUUGAAGGCGAACAGUGUCAGAUAUUGUGAAGGUGUUUGGCAUGUUUAUCCUGCUUCUCCUGGCCUUCACAUGCGGCAUAGCUGCUCUAUACGCGCCCAACAGAUGCCUUACGGACCACUUCGGCAGCUUCUCAUCCACGAUCUCCACCCUGACGUGGAGCAUGUUUGGCAUGGGUUCCGUGAGCGUGCCCUCGCUCAACGACUACGAGGGCGAGAAUGUCCCUGUCUACUCACUCACAAACCAUCCGGGAAAGUCGACAGGCGCCUCGACAGUCGGCCACUACCUGUAUGGGAUCUACGUGUUCUGUACCAUGGUGGUCCUCCUCAACCUGCUCAUCGCCGUCAUGUCCAACACCUUCCAGGAAGUGCAGGACGAGCGUGACGUAGAAUGGAAGUUUGCACGUACAGAGCUGUGGCUCACCUUCAUCGAGCCCGGCACCCCUGUGCCCCCGCCCUUCAACAUCGUCCCCUCCCCGCGGCACGUGUGGAAGCUCAUCAUGUGGAUGUGCCGGAGGUCAAAGUUCAGGCAUCUCCUGCCGCACGAGGGCAAGAAAGUGCGAUAUGUAGCCGUGCAGGUUCCAGAAAAGCCUGAUGUUAUGUGUUUGCUGAUUCGUCGAUAUGUCCGGCACUUGGAGAGAGUGAAGAUAGAAGGCGAGGAUGGGGAGAAGAGCUGAACGCUACGCCUUCCUGCUGGACGAGGCCAAACUCCAGAUUUUGGCGCGAAUGGAUUCCGAGAGGAUUCAGAUGGAGCGUGUUUUGGAGCACCGAGUGGGCAAUCUGAGCAGACGAGUGGACGAGAGCUCAGCCUCGCUGGCCCAACAGGUGGAGAGACUCGCCCGCCCCGCCCCCUCCACCUCCAUGAACAAGUACUAUGAGAGAGGCAUGUAUGAAGGAUUAGUGUUCUCUUAG